ACGUCAUCACGUAACGGUGUAACAGACACCCGCUGCCCGCUUCGCCUCUUGCGGUUUAACAUCCUUCGAUAUGUUGCGUUUAAAACAACCAAAUGCGUUUCAAACGUGACUCUCCUGGUCGCCACGGAAACUCGGGGUUGAUUUUAAAACCGACCGGAUGAUAAAACAGGAUUUGGAAAGCCAUCCUGACCGCUAAGAUGAGGCGUCUGUCCAGAAGAAAAGCCCUGAGUCUGGUGAAGGAGCUGGACGCCUUCCCCAAAGUGGCAGACAGCUACGUGGAAACGUCUGCGUCCGGGGGGACCGUGUCCAUCAUAGCAUUCAGCGCCAUGGCGGUUCUGGCCAUAUUGGAGUUCUUUGUGUACCGAGACACUUGGAUGAAAUAUGACUAUGAAGUUGACAAUGAUUUUUCCAGUAAGCUAAGGAUAAAUGUGGACGUCACAGUAGCAAUGAAAUGCCAGCAUGUGGGAGCAGACAUCUUGGAUCUGGCAGAAACAAUGAUCACAUCCAACGGCCUGCAGUACGAACCUGUUAUUUUUGAAUUAUCCCCACAACAGAGGCUGUGGCAAAGGACGCUGCGUCUCCUUCAGAGCAGGCUGAGGGAGGAGCACGCUCUGCAGGAGGUUCUGUACAAAACGCUGCUGAAGGGAGCGCCCACCGCUCUGCCGCCGCGGGAGGACGCACCCAACGAGCCGCUCAACGCCUGCAGGAUUCACGGACACGCUUACGUCAAUAAGGUGGCAGGAAACCUACACAUCACAGUCGGAAAGCCGAUUCACCAUCCGCAGGGCCACGCUCACAUCGCUGCUUUUGUGAGUCACGAGGCGUACAACUUCUCCCAUCGAAUUGACCAUUUAUCUUUUGGCGAAGAGGUUCCAGGCAUAAUCAAUCCUCUGGACGGCACCGAGAAAAUCACCUACAACAAUAACCAGAUGUACCAGUACUUCAUCACAGUGGUUCCCACCAAGCUGAACACACACCUGAUCUCCGCAGACACACACCAGUUCUCCGUGACGGAGCGACGGGUGAUCAACCACGCGGCGGGCAGCCAUGGCGUCUCGGGGAUCUUCGUGAAGUACGACACCAGCUCCCUGAUGGUGACGGUGAGCGAGCAGCACAUGGCGCUGGGACGCUUCCUGGUGCGGCUCUGCGGCAUCGUAGGCGGAAUCUUCUCCACCACAGGCAUGCUUCACAACCUGGUCGGGUUCUGCUUCGACAUCGUCUGCUGUCGCUUUAGGGUCGGCGCCUACAGACCCAGACAGGAGCUGCAGCUGAAUCACCUGAACCACCACCAAGCUCCUCUUCUGGUGGGAAACGCUCCGCUCUAGUCUCACUGCGAUCUAAAGACCGUCAUCUCUGGAAGAUGUUUGUUUCAGUAAAAUUCAUAUCCUUCAUUGCACUGUAGGUUAAAUAUCCCCCCAGUAAAUGCUUUAAUUGUGUUUUAGUGACUGUAAAUUUGAGUUUUAAUUGGUUAAAAUGUCGUAUGAUUUGUUAUUUAACAGAUUAAAAGAAUGCAAACAAAAAUCUUUUUUUUUUUUUUUAAAUAGAGAUAAUCCCUUAAAAUGUAAAAGUAUCAACCAGCAGGAGAAUAUUUUCCUGAAAAAGCAACAGACAGCAGCACAGAUGCGCUUUUUUAUCCUCUUUAUUUCAGUUUUGCCAAGCAGACUGAAUCUCGUUAGAGCGGGGAACACAGGUGGUCAAACAAUUUGCAAAAAUGACACCAGUGAGAAUAAGAUGUUCUCGGUCAUGUGUUGCCGUUUGCGCCGGCAGAACGUCGCGUUUUGAGUGAACAAAGACAGUGCUGUUACCAAACGGACAAACAUGGAUGACGGCAUGAAGAUAGCCCUGUAGCUCUUUGGGGACAACCUGACAAAACCGAUUCAUCACGCAGUCCGAGCGCGAACCGACGCACACACACAACAAAACCAGAGUUUUGCAUAAACAUUUAGUUUCUUCCCUUUUUCUCCCAUGAAAUCUCAUUCAGUUUGAAAGCAGACAACAGCGGCCGCCUCAGACUUCACGUUAAAUACUUGUUGUAGUUAGAGGGAAGCUCUGUGGUCCUGUGAAUACAGCAGUGAUUCAACAAAUACAAGUUUUUGGUAACUAAAGUUUUCUUCUU